AUGGGAGGGGAUUACUCUUUACGAAAGAGUAGAGCGCCCAAAGGAGAUUGGAAGCAGUAUGAGCCUGAUGCUUCUCUUCCGUAUCAUAAGGGUCAAGAUCAGGGGGCGACGAAUGAACUUCGUAAGAUAUCCACCAAUGCCAGUACCAGAGUACAAAGGAGGUUGAGUGUUAAACUAAAUUCUACUCCGAUGACCACGUUCACCCCACACAAUGCUCCUAGCCUGCCUGGAAAUAUGCAUGAUCUGUGGACUAAUGAUGUAGCUGCCGUGACGAAUGAUAAUUUGUUGACGGUACCGCAUACGACUAAACCUCGUAGAAGAGGUUUUAGUAACCUGUCAGCUCGUAGUUUUGACUUUGAUGCCGACCCAGAAGCUGCACAGACUCUUCCCAACCUGUUAGCUCAAUCUGAUUUUGAUUGUGUUGAAUAUGUGAGAAAGGAAUUAGCCAAUGCUGAUGCUCAAAAGAUUGACGAGUUUGCCAAUAACUUGCUACAUCUCCAAAAGAAAGCUGAAGCCGACUUUAAGAUUUCAGUUGCCAAAAGUGAACAUGAGAUCGUACAAAUAAAAGAUGAUAUACUUGAAACGAAACAUCAACUGAAAGAUCUUGGCUCGUCGAUCAACGAACUGUAUCUAAUAUCGGGUCAAUUGCAAUCAAUUGCAUUGAAGAAACUACACGAGGAAGAAGCCAAUAACCAACAAUCUACCCAACAUAAUACUUCACCUACUAAGAACUUUUCUCGCACAGGCUCUGUGCUGAACAGGAAGCGUGACAGAUCCAGCAUCUUGAUGGUAGAGAAGUUAUGGCAAGUGCAAAUGAAUGAAUUGUUCAAACAAAUUGAGGGCAUUCAGAAAUUCUUAUCUUUUAACCCAGGUAGACACAUUAUAGCUGAAAGCAGCCGGUGGUUUGAACUGAACUCGGCCACUAUGAAACCUUUGCAGCCAGCUCAUUUAUUCAUACUCAACGACCAUGUACUUAUAGCAACGAGAAAGAAACUAAAAACUAAAAUAAAUGAAACUGGAAACCAGGUUGGUAACAAGAGUCUCAAACAGCUGAUUGCAACUCAAUGCUGGCCGAUCCGUGAUUUGAGUGUGAAAAAAUUGGAAUUGAAAAAGUUCACAGAUGCAAAGACGUUCACCAUUGCUUUAGAAUAUAAAAAGAUGUCUUUCAUUUACCAAACUGAUAGACAAGAGCCUUUAGAUUUGAUAGUUGGUUCAUUUAGGAGAACGAAGGAUGAUCUGAGUGAUUUUAUAGAACAACAAAGGCAAAACACCGAGUCUUUAAGAAACUCCAUGUCGAGAUUAUCGAUUUCCGAAGAUUCUAUUAGAAGACAUUCAAGCAAGCUGCAUGACCUGAGUCAUAAGGUCCAUUCAAGGAAUCGGAGCAUGGAGCAUGGAUCACAAGACAAGAUUAAGCUAUCGUCUUCAAUGGGAAACAUGGGACAAGAUGAGCUUGAUUUUAGAACAGAAGGUCUGUUACCUUCUCCUAGCCACAGUAAAGCCAUUAUAGAGAAAUUAACAGGUUUGGAAGAUACGUUGGAUGAGGUUGAUAUCCAUCUUGUUCAUCAGCAAUUUCCAGAUGCGGUAGAUUCACUUAAACAGCUAAGUUCCCAGUUGAAUAGCAUAUUACCGACAAUCAAUCUCAAUGACAAGUUAAGCGAGGGCACAGUACUGUUUGAUUUACUGAAAGUCAAAUUGACGAUGAGACAAGAAUCUAUAAUCAAAAGUUUGAAUUUUGAGCUGAAUCGGCCUUCAAUAUCUGAUGAAAAGGUCUAUCAAAUAGUCCAACUGCUUUCAUCCUUGGAUCUGGAAAAAAUUGCCAGAGACUCACUGUUUGAAUCAAAAGCUAAUCUUAUCGAAAAACUCAAUCGGUCCGUCGUGUUUGAAGGAGACAUUCCCAGUUACGUUUCACAGCUCACCAUUAUCAGAUUUCAGACUCUAAAAGCAACUUGUCAGCUUUAUCGCAGAUGCUUUCCCAAUAAAGAGAUGAACUGCUACCUGAUUGAGUUUGUGACGAAUCAAAUCAACCAACACGCAGAUAUUCUGAAACGACAACUGAAAGGUGUCGACGAAAAAUCUUCCUCCUACAUAGAUUGUCUCGAAAUUACAAAGAGCCAGAGCAACGAACUGAAGGAAAUUGGGGUUAACGUCGACUUUUUAAUGGAAGAUACAUACGCUUUCUAA